AUUUAUAGGAUGGAUGAUUGUCGUUCGACUCGUUCACCAUCCAUUUCGAGCUUCGACACCAAUCAUUCGUCAUGGAGUUUCGUUGGGGAGGAUGAUUUCGAUUUGUUAGAUCAAGACGAAGAUGAUUCAGCAUCAGAAGAUGAGGUGAAUGAAAUGGAAGAUGAUAAGCAGGUCGAAGAGGAUGACGAAGAAAAUGAGGAUAAUAUAGAUGAUGAUGAUGAUGAUGAUAUUUCUGUGGUUACUGAAGAAGUGCUAAAGGAUCCUUCUGCGCUCGCAUGCACUGAUGUUGUCAAAGUAUCCAAGCAAAUGGAUAAAUUAUGUAAGCUUAUUUCCGAGUGCCAAUUUUAUCAAAUUUUGUCAACAUCUUGUAAGACAAUGGCCACGAUGUUUAGACUAAUCCAGUGUGUUUAUGUAUGUACAGGAGAGUGACCACACGCGUGACCACACUCGUUCUUCAAUCAUGCAUGCUUUUUCGGGUGACAUAAUGCCUAAUGUUUUGUUAAAAUGGUUAGAUUCCCAUUUCAGUGUACGCAGUUGACAUUCAGGGAAUAGAGGCCAAAAAAUGUUUUGUAACUGAUUUCUUCAUUGUGAAACGGAAAAUCAUUCCUCGGUUCAAAUUUAAAAUUUCGAAUCAGUGAAAACUACUGGUACAACUUUUCGAAAGCGAAAUGUUUUGAUUCACCAUUUACUCACAUAUUGGAAGAUUUUAUUUUGGAACGAAAUGUCAGGUUUAUGGCAAUCAUUCCAGCUGUUGCUAUCGCUAUCGUCAUAUUCUACUAUGCAUUCGAUGUUGGAAAACCAGAAUCUUUGUUAUUUACGUCGACAGAAAAUGUAUGUUCCGUUAAUAAGGACUACUUUCUUGGUCCGCAGUACCAAGAUGUAUCUCCCUUUUUACGUCCAUUCGUUGAAGCUUUGCUGAAGUCGUCGUUCCCGGUUUGGUCCUUUUUGCCAUUCAAUAUCCCGAAGCCGCUUGCGUAUGACCCAUGUUCUCGGAUAUUUAAUUCUGAAAGCAUUGCUGCAUCACAAAACGAGCGCAGAUAUUUCGCUACAAAUCAGUGCGAACGUGUUUCGGUUGAACAUCAAUUCAGUGCAGUGAGUGAAACCGUCCGACGAUAUUUGACACAUACGAAGAAAUUGAAGGAACCAUACAGAUAUGAGUCACCGAUUUCAGCAAAUAUAAAUGAAGCACUGAUUGAUAGAAAAAGCGUGAAACUAGAUCACGAUGGAAAACUGCAGAUGGAUUUGCACGUGGUUAUAGUUAACUCUUCGGAAAAUUGGAAUUCAAUGAAAAUCAAGUCAUCAAAACAUCCAGAAUCCAUAAAAAUGGAGAUUUCAAAACUCCAGAAACCUCCGUCAACCCCAGAACUAAUCCUACCCACUCCUCUGUUUUCAGCGAAUCAUCGUUUGAUUGAACCGGAACUUGGAUUAUUACCGCCAGUUCCAUCACCAGAAUUGCUAGUGAAAAAGGAAAUAAAAUCUGUUUCGGAAAUUAUUAUGGAUUUGGUGCAUGUUGAAAAAAAGUGUUUAAAAGUAAUACCAGAUAUCAAAAAAAUUAAAUCGUUGGGGAAGAAAAGAACAAAACUACGAUACAGUACCGAUUUAACAUUUUUCGCAGAAUUACAAUUGCGAGAAUCGAAGAUGCUACUGGGAAGUGAUUCUGAAAUGGAAUUACGCAAGCCAAAGAAAGGCAAGAGUGAAGUUUUCGUAAUUUCUUCGGUGAAGAAAGCGUUUUCAAAGACUGUUGAACGAGCCAAGGUGCAUCGUAAUAAGCUUUUGGAGCAGUUCAGCAGAGCUAUAGACAAAAUCGCACGAAGAAAUCGGCCGAAAACUUUUCAGAUGGGUAAGAAAAAUAUUGGCAAAGAUCGAUGCGUAUUAAAUUCCACUUGUAAUGUCUUGGCUAGUCUUGCGCAGACUUUGGCGGGUAUCACUCUUUUUCCUGCAAUCGUUGGUCAAACAAAUGCCGCUAAGUACAUUAAUUCUCUACUGGAUCUCUCAGCUUGUACCGGUUCACGUUUAGUUUGUGAAAAGUGUUGGUGGACCAGAGAAUGCUGUCCAAAGGAGAGAUGUACUUUUCUUCCGUGGCAACGGCAUUUUAAUACAAAACGGUUUUUGGCUUCACAAGGUCACAAAAUGUUUGAAGCAUUUGAAGAACUCGGUUGGUCGAUGCCUGGAAAGAAACACAAAGCUGGUGGCGAUAAACCGAAGUUCAAACUCAAUUAUCCGAGGAGUUUCGCUGGUUCGGAAAAAGAAAUGCGUUUCCGGCAGAACAAAAAAAAAUUGGUGGAACGUUACUCCAGGAAAAGUGAUGUCCAAGGCCACAUACAUUGAAUAUAACGAAAAAAAUGUGUUUUGUUUUUCAACAAAACUUGACAGCUACCUCUUCUACCAGCAGCAGCAGUACAAUAGGAUUCCUCAGUUGUAAGAUGAUUGUAUAGAUUUUUUAAAUCUCGUGUAUGGAAGUAUUUGAAUUGAUCGUUUUGUUGAAUUAUGGGCCAAUCUUUUUAAGGCUUAAAUUAAUAGUUCCGGUAACUGAACCACUCGAAAGUUGACGAGACGAAUGAGAGCUAAAACAUGACCGGGAUUUCAGUUUCAGAAUGUCGAGGCACACCGGAUGCCACCAUAAGUUUAAUCUGUAAAUAUUCCAUUGUAAAUUUCGUACAUAUGAAGUCAUUACCUUCAGUGCUGCUUUGCGUAUGUUCAAAAUUCAUCGAGAUUUCCAUGUCAUACUUCUAUAAAUUGCUUAGUUUUUUUCGUCUUCGCUCUUUUCCGGUGAAAGAAGAACUAAAAGAUCCUUUUUUUGGAGGCAUUUGUGAAAGAGACAGCCCGUUUAAUUCGAAAACUUAUAUCUUCUAAAAUUUGCUUUUAUUAGAUACACAUUUAAAUUCAGUCAAAGAUCUUCAGUUCCAACCGUUUCCGAACGUUGACGUUUUCCUAUCGCUCAUUUAUUGUAACAUGGACAUUUAUCUUUUCUCCAG